AUGGAUCGCCAUAAAUUCUUCCGACACAAUACAGAGAAGCUUCCCAUAGAUCUCAUCAUCGAAGUACUCUCAAGAUUACCUGCGAAGUCUGUCGCAAUUUGUCGUUGUGUCUCUAAGCAUUGUGAUUCAUUACUUGCCAGCCAAGUUUUCAAGGAAUCUUUCCUGACAAGUUCAUUGUCUCGGCCGCUUCUUCUGUUCAAAUUUGACAGGAUGUGGCAAUUCUUUUCAACCCCUAAGCGUCAAAAUUUUUGUGACAACCUCAAUGUUGUAGCAACUAAAUAUCAUAUGGGUUCUUAUAGAAACUUUGACAUACGAAGUUUUCAAUCUGUUCAUGGAUUUAUCUACAUGAGGUGUCUGUCAAAGGUAGAUGAGCCGUCUCAAGUUAUAUGCAACCCUUGCACAAGGCAGCAAAUAACUUUACCUAGAUUGGAAACGAGGAAUCUUGGUUCGCAAAGCUUUUUCGCGUAUGAUCCAAUCCAAAAACAGUUCAAGGUUUUGUGCACAAUGUAUGAUAGAAAGUAUAAAGUUCUGACAUUAGGGACUGGAGAGCUGUUGUGGAGAGAGAUUGAAUGUUCGUUUCCGCAUCAUCCUGAGAGCGGGAGGAAUGGGAUACGCAUCAAAGGUGUUUUGUAUUACAUAGCUUAUACAAGUUGCGGUGAUAGUCAAAUAGUUUGCUUUGAUGUUAGUUCAGAGAAAUUUAGUUUCAUAAACAUAGAAAUGGACCGCUAUGUACUGGAGCUCAUAAACUAUAAGGACGAAAAGUUAGGUGUCCUAGUGUGUUAUAGUAAUUGUGGAUUUCAUGCUGAGGUAUGGGUUUUAGAUGACACCAAUGAAGUUAAAUGGUCGAAGCACAUGUUUGUUAUGCCAAUGGAUGGAGUGAAAUCAAUGUGGACGACAGAAAGAGGUGACAUUGUUUGGGUGUCAAGUCGUUGGACCCAUCCAUCAUAUAUUUCCUAUUGUAGUAUGGGGAGUAAAAGGGUUCGAAGAGUCGAAAUCAAAGGAGUAGAAGAUACGGUAUCUAUGAGACAAGAUCGCUGUGAGUUUCACACCUCCACGAAUCAUGUUGAGAAUUUGAUGUUUCUCUACAAGAAACCCGGUUUAAUUCAUGGCACAAUCUCGAAUUAG